AUGUCGGACUCUACGGACUCUACGGACUUGCGCCAGUUCUCGCAAUACCCUCAGUCAGAUCAGAAUGUGUCGGACUCAAAGAGUGGACGGGCCCCGAAGCCUGCCGCUUUAACCUGGAGCCAAAUGAAGGACAAACAACCCGGCCUGGGGUCUACCACGUCCGGGACGAGUAAGGACAUAGGGGGCUGCAUAUCGCCUGUGAGCUCAUCUGAAGUCCUGCGAACACCAAACCAAGACACGAGAUUCAUAAGGCACCCUUCCUCUCCUGAAAGCUCGUCUCAACUACCACCCCGCUUGCAUUCUCCCGCCUCUCAGAUAUUUGAACGAAGCGUACAGGAAGAUAUAGUAUCAGCACAAGCAUCACCAUCGAUACCCGCGCAUAUUCGCACAGAGAACUAUAUCCCUCCUGUCCUUGAAGCUUCCUCGGCUGCCAUCACAGAUGACCACCUUGAUCCAGACUCGGUCGAGAUCGUGACCCAUAGCCUCCACCAGCCCGCGGGUGUCCCAUCUGCAGAGCAAUCAAUGUCGUCCUCAUCCAUUGAUGCCCAUCAUCUGUCUGAUAUGGAAGAUAUCUCCUCAAGCUAUGGAGCACUAGACACUGCCGAUGUGCGUCGGUUGAGCUUUAUCUCCUUUGCAGAUGUUGUCAAUGCCGAGCACGCAGAAACAAACGAAGUCCAUACCAGUGUUCCAAUCCGCGAGCGAGGGAUUAAUCGAUCACCGUCCCCAUUGCGGUCUCCCUCUUCUUCGCAUGGAUUCGGUACUUCCCCGCCAACAAGCAUUGCGACCUCUUUUACAGGGUUUGACAUGCCCCCUACUCGGUUGCCUACUGUCAAUUCUGCCCAGAGCCCGGUCUCUUCCAGUUUUGGUGGUGAUCUCAAUGUUGAGACGAUGCGACAGGCCUUGAGAAGAACCGGCAGUGGUGAUCUGGGUGGCGUGACAAGCCAGGCUGUGAGUACUAUAGGGAUCGAUGAUGUCUCGGACCGCACGUUCUAG